CGCGGCUGCCGCUGAGAGCCCGGUGGGGGCGGCGGCGCCUUCGAGAGGGCGGGCCGGGUCAGCUGCUGCAGGCGGGGCUGCGCGCGGAGCUGUGGGCGGCAGCUGAGUGUCCUGCCGCCGCCCAGCCUUCGCCACGAUGCCGGGGAUCGACAAGCUGCCCAUUGAAGAGACGCUGGAAGACAGUCCGCAGACAAGAUCUUUACUGGGUGUAUUUGAAGAAGAUGCUACUGCUAUUUCCAAUUAUAUGAACCAAUUAUACCAAGCUAUGCACCGGAUUUAUGAUGCACAGAAUGAACUAAGUGCAGCAACACACCUGACAUCGAAACUUCUAAAAGAAUAUGAAAAGCAGCGUUUCCCUUUGGGGGGUGAUGAUGAAGUUAUGAGCUCUACUUUACAACAGUUUUCAAAGGUUAUAGAUGAGCUUAGUUCUUGUCACGCGGUACUUUCAACUCAACUUGCCGAUGCCAUGAUGUUCCCCAUUUCCCAGUUUAAAGAGAGAGAUCUGAAAGAAAUACUGACACUAAAAGAGGUAUUUCAGAUUGCUAGUAAUGAUCAUGAUGCUGCGAUUAACAGAUACAGUCGAUUGUCAAAAAAGAGAGAAAAUGACAAGGUAAAAUACGAAGUAACAGAGGAUGUGUAUACUUCUAGGAAGAAACAACAUCAGACCAUGAUGCAUUAUUUUUGUGCAUUAAAUACUCUUCAGUACAAGAAGAAAAUAGCUUUGUUAGAACCUCUACUUGGAUACAUGCAGGCUCAGAUAAGUUUCUUUAAGAUGGGUUCUGAAAAUCUCAAUGGACAACUGGAAGAAUUUUUAGCUAAUAUUGGAACAAGUGUACAGAAUGUUCGAAGGGAAAUGGAUGGUGAUGUAGAGACCAUGCAACAGACAAUAGAAGACUUGGAAGUAGCCAGUGAUCCUUUAUAUGUGCCUGACCCAGACCCCACCAAGUUUCCUGUCAAUCGAAAUUUAACCCGAAAGGCUGGAUACCUAAAUGCUAGGAAUAAAACAGGCUUGGUGUCAUCCACCUGGGAUAGACAGUUCUACUUCACGCAGGGUGGAAACUUAAUGAGUCAAGCGCGUGGAGAUGUGGCAGGAGGCCUGGCCAUGGAUAUAGACAACUGUUCAGUGAUGGCUGUGGAUUGCGAAGACAGGCGAUACUGUUUUCAGAUCACUUCUUUUGAUGGAAAAAAAUCUUCAAUUUUGCAAGCAGAGAGUAAAAAAGACCAUGAAGAGUGGAUUUGUACAAUAAACAACAUAUCUAAACAAAUAUACUUGAGUGAAAAUCCAGAGGAGACCGCUGCGCGAGUAAAUCAGUGUGCUCUGGAGGCUGUCACUCCUUCCCCGUCUUUCCAGCAGAGACACGAGGGCCUGCGUCCAGCAGGACAAUCUCGGCCACCAGCAGCUCGAACCAGCAGUUCAGGAUCCUUGGGAUCAGAGUCUACAAAUUUGGCUUCCCUCUCUCUUGAUUCUCUUGUUGCCCCAGAUACUCCAAUACAGUUUGAUAUAAUUUCUCCUGUGUGUGAAGAUCAGCCUGGCCAGGGAAAAGCCUUUGGCCAAGGAGGCAGGCGUACAAAUCCAUUUGGAGAAUCUGGAGGAAGCACAAAAUCAGAAGCUGAAGAUUCUAUUCUCCAUCAGUUAUUUAUUGUCCGAUUCCUCGGUUCUAUGGAGGUAAAGUCAGAUGACCAUCCAGAUGUUGUUUAUGAAACAAUGCGCCAGAUCUUAGCUGCUCGGGCCAUCCAUAACAUCUUUCGUAUGACAGAAUCACAUUUAUUAGUCACUUGCGACUGUUUGAAGUUAAUUGAUCCGCAGACCCAAGUUACAAGGCUCACAUUUCCAUUACCAUGUGUAGUUUUGUAUGCUACACACCAGGAAAAUAAACGACUUUUUGGAUUUGUUCUCCGGACAUCAGGCGGAAGAAGUGAAAGUAAUUUGUCGUCAGUCUGCUAUAUAUUUGAAUCAAACAAUGAGGGGGAAAAGAUUUGUGAUUCUGUUGGAUUGGCAAAACAGAUAGCACUGCAUGCUGAACUGGAUCGUAGGGCAUCAGAAAAACAAAAAGAAAGAGAGAGAGUAAAAGAGAAACAAGAGAAAGAACUCAGCAAACAAAAACAGAUUGAGAAGGACUUGGAAGAGCAAAGUCGGUUGAUAGCUGCUUCCAGUAGACCAAACCAGGCUGGGAGUGAGGGUCAGCUUGUUGUGCUUAGCAGUAGCCAAUCAGAGGAGAGUGAUUUGGGAGAAGAAGGGAAAAAAAGAGAAUCGGAAGCAUAAACUUGGUUUUGCUUUUUGAUUGAUUUCCCCCUUCCCCUGGAAUGUGGCACGAGGUAACCAUGUUAAAAGAUCAAGGAGGAGACUAAGCUUUAUGUUUGCUUGUUUCAGCUUCAUUUACAAAAGACUAAGCAUGAUAACAGGUUAUAUUGAGCAUAUCCUUAAAAAAUAAAAUACUGCGCAUUAUCAUCAAAUUUUGCCUACCUAAAUAAGACCUGCUUACUUCCUCUAGUAGAUUGCUGAGGAAUCACACUUGCUCAAGAUAUUUUUCUUUCAAAUUGUGGACACUUUUUAUCUUACAUUGUAAUUGGCUGUUUCCAUAAGAAAUUAUUUAUUCUUCAGAUUCUGACAUUCAUGUGUGUGCUCUCUCCCUUUCUUUAGGAAUAUCUUGUUGGUAGUGAGAGAGUGUUCAGCCAAAUGAGCUUAAAAUACGUUCUGUGGAGAAUUCUACAAGAUUGCAAAUAUUCUAACAAUAUGAAGUAUGCAGUAGGAUCUGUAUGAAAUCACCAGAACAGUGGCAGAUGGUGCUGUUGGUUUCAGACAUUUCCUGGCCUUGCUCCCUGUCUCUGAUGUACUUGAUCAUGGCAGUAAGAAAGGGACUCAGGUGUCUCUGUUGCUGUUGAUACAGCUUGGAAUUUGUCACUGUCCUCGCAGUUCUCAGCUUGGAACUUCCAUUAUUGCUGCAGAGCAGUGAGGGGAGAGUUUAUUGAGAGAUGUUGUCAUUGUUCAAACAUUUUAUAGUGGAAUUGACAUGGGAAGGGAGGGUUGUAGAGUGAUACAUUGUAUUUUCUGUAUUGUGAAAUGAUUUUAUUAAUAAUAAGUGACAUUUCAAAAGAUGUUCUAUAACAACUGUGUUUACUGCUUAGAAUAAAAAUGUGCAGUUUGGUUUAGAGAACAUAAUCUUUUAAAUUUCAGACUGAUGAUCCCAGUAUUUUCAUAAUCCCACAUUUUGAUAAUGAAUUGAAUUGCCACUUUAUAUCCACAAAGGCAAAUAACUAAUUUAUGAGUAUAGAAUAAUUUGUACUAAUUAUUGUAAAUACUUUUACUUUUCAAAUGAGUCACAGGUCUAAUUCUGUGAAAGACUGAAAAGGAAUUGAACUCCUCAUAUAGUAUAGGACCAAGGAAGGAGUUAGCUUACCAAGGUUAACAUAUCCCUACAGUUUAUCUUCUGUCAAAACUCUUUCUUCACGCAUAUUUUAAUCUGUUUGUAGAUUUUGUUUUCAUGUGUUCUACAUGGAAAAGUGUAUAUAUACAUAUGUAUACAGGUUAAAUAUAUUGACUAAAGUAUUUUACAUAGUCAUACAUUUAUAGAUUUUCAAGAGGUUAACCACUAAUUUCACAAGUAAUUUUCUCUUAGUUCUGAAUUAGAAGUGGCUUUUGUUUUAGGUAUCAGAAUAUAGCUCAGAUUCACACUCUUUAAGUACAGUUUUCUGUAGAAUGAGAUAACACACACACACACACACACACACACACACACACACACACAUGUGCGCUCGCGUAUAUGAUCAUGAUAUUGUUUUUAUCCAUGUACCGAAUGGGAGUAAUGGUUAUUUAAUAUACUUUAAAGUCUUAUAUUACCUAAACAUACAUUUAAUUAGUAGCAAUUUAUGGAGUACAUUUGGUUAAAGGUAUAUUUUGUACUUAGUAGAGGGAAUGCUUUCACAUAGUAUUUCCUUCUUGUUAAACUAGAAAUUGCUGUGGUCAGUACUUGGUUGGUUGUGGCAAGUCUUGCUUUUAAGACUUUUUUGAGAUUGGUAAGGUUUCUGGUUUUUGUUGUUGGUUGU